CGUGUCGCCUCUGAGAGACACAUAGUGAUACAAGAGCUGGGAGGCGGCUCGGGCGCGGACCUUGGAGAACCUGGCCGCCAGCCCGUGAGCCAGUCUCGGUCUCCGCGGCCCGCCGAGGCUCAGAGUCAUCCAGCGACCCGGCGAACGGCCUCAGGCCCUGCCAUGGGGAAGACCAACAGCAAGCUGGCCCCAGAGGUGCUGGAAGACCUGGUUCAAAACACCCAGUUCAGUGAGCAGGAGCUGAAGCAGUGGUACAAGGGCUUCCUGAAGGACUGCCCCAGCGGCAUCCUCAACCUGGAGGAGUUCCAGCAGCUCUACAUCAAGUUCUUCCCCUACGGCGACGCCUCCAAGUUUGCGCAGCACGCUUUCCGCACCUUCGACAAGAAUGGCGACGGCACCAUCGACUUCCGGGAGUUCAUCUGCGCCCUUUCUGUCACCUCCCGCGGCAGCUUCGAGCAGAAACUCAACUGGGCCUUUGAGAUGUACGACCUGGACGGCGACGGGCGCAUCACGCGCCUCGAGAUGUUGGAGAUCAUCGAGGCUAUCUACAAGAUGGUGGGUACUGUGAUCAUGAUGCGCAUGAACCAGGAUGGGCUCACGCCCCAGCAGCGUGUGGACAAGAUCUUCAAGAAGAUGGACCAGGAUAAGGACGACCAGAUUACCCUGGAGGAGUUCAAGGAGGCAGCCAAGAGUGACCCGUCUAUUGUGCUGCUGCUGCAGUGUGACAUGCAGAAGUAGAGGCUGGUGAGGGGCAGGGCCCCUGGCCAGGAGGGGCGUGGCCACCUCCCAACCCAGUGACCUCUGGCUGGCCCUUCCCCAGGGGGAGGGGGACUCCAGCCUCACUCUCUGGCCCACCCACCCCUCUGCCCAAGUCCUUGCUCCCUUCAGUCAAGAUCCUUGAGGGACCACCUAACUCUGGAAUAGAGACAGAUCCUCAGGUAUCUGUCCCCAGCCCCAGUCUUGGCCCAGAAUCAACAUCCACUGGGCAUAGGGGAGUUGGUGUUUGCAUCAAGGUACAGGGUGAAGGAGGGGGGCUGGGUUCUGCUUUGAAAUUCUGUUCUUCCUGGGAUUGUGCUUUAUAGGAUGUGGUCCCACAGACCCUGGUUAAAGGGCCAAAUUGGGUCUGUCCUUUGCUGAGGACCCAGAUCCCUUAAAGGUGGUCUGUGUCCUGCCCCCACUUCUCUACCAGGCCCCUCUGGCCCCAGCCUUUGGAGUGUUCGUUCAGUCCUUUCUUCAACUAACAUUUAUUGAGCACCUGUUCAGUGCCAGGCACCUCUAGGUGCUAAGGCUAUGGUAGUUUACAAGACUCAUUCUGUGCCCUCCGGCAGCUUGUAGGGUAGUUCAUGGUCAGGGUCUCAGACAGGGAUGGUGAGCAGAGGGUGUGGUGAGGCUGGUUAGUUUGAGAGGAACUAUUAAACCUUUCUGCUCAGCUCCACACAGAGCUGCAGAAGGAUGAAAUGAAAAGUGUUUGGAAGUCUAGGAACCAUGUCAGGGGGAAUUUUAAGAAAAACUGAAAUUUAUGUAAUACUUAUAUUUUUAGUACCCUUUAAAAGAGCUAAAAUCAUUUUAUUACUUGAGGAUAUUAAAACGUACUUUAUAUUACUUGCUUUCUUGUAAAAUGAUCAAAUGAAUACAGAAAAUGCUAAUUUUCAGGGGGAAAAAAGGA